AUGAGUCGUAAAAUUAUCGAAGCGUUCAAAGUUCUAAAUGAAGAGACUGGUGCUCUUUAUCUUGAUGCUGAAGUGACUCAAAUCAAUGAAUUGGAUCCACUCGAAUUCCAAAGAGAUUAUGUAUCGAAGAAUUUGCCUGUAAUAAUCAGGGGCGGUUGUGCGGGCUGGCCUGCCACUAAGAAAUGGAACACUCAAUACUUUAGAGAGAAGAUCCCUAAUAGGAAAUUAACAGUUGCAUUAACACCAAAUGGCUUAGCCGAUGGAAUAACAACAGAUAACAGUGGAGUAGAGUGCUUCGUUAUGCCCUUCGAAACUGAAAUGACGAUGGCAGAAUUUUUAGAUUGCUUAGCACAGAAAAGACCAGGCAUGAUACCUUACAUCCAAAAACAGAACUCAAACUUGAUAGAAGAAUUUACGGAACUCGUGGAUGAUGUGAAAAGGGAAAUCCCAUUUGCCACUGCGGCAUUUAAUAAAUCACCAGACGCCGUCAACUUCUGGAUGGGGGACGAGAGAGCAGUCACAUCUAUGCACAAAGACCCGUAUGAGAACAUUUACUGUGUCAUAGAUGGCUAUAAAGACUUCAUUCUGAUCCCACCCACUGAUUUGCCAUUUGUUCCGUACAAGAGGUAUCCUCAAGCAGAGUUCAAACUCACCAAAGGCCAAUGGGAAAUCGUCCCAGUGGAGAAGGAAGUCGAUGGAAGUGUUACUGAAGAGGAGCAGCUUGAACAAGCUUUGUUACCAUGGAUUUGUAUAGAUCCAGUUCAUCCCGAUUACACUAAACAUCCGGGCUUCAAGAAAGCCCACAAAUACCACAUACGUGUUGGGAAAGGCGAUUGCCUAUACUUGCCCAGCUUGUGGUUCCAUCACGUAAGACAAAGCCACGGCUGUAUCGCAAUCAACUAUUGGUACGACAUGGAGUUUGAUGUCAAAUACUGCUACUUUAAAAUGCUGGAGAAACUUUGCGGAAUGUAUUGA